AUGCGCCAAAUGCAGCCCCUCUUCAUUCCUUGCUCGGGGGGGUCUGACAACCAGCCACUCUCGAAAUUGAAUCGCCCACGCCCAAAAUCUUCAGCCAAGAAGAAGCGAGGAAAGCAUAUCUUUCUAGAAUCAGAUGAUCCUCUUGAGAAGAACAUCGUGGACAAAUCCCCCAUGCCAGACGGCUAUAUCUUCGUCCAAAAAGGCGAUGUUCUGGGUAAACCCACCUUCAUCCCUGACACUAGCACCAACUCCACUCUAACAAAGAACCAGGACAAAGCCGGCAAACGCAGCUUCGGAAUCCGAGUCCCAUCCUCGAUCCAUUCAGAAGUCCUGAAAACAGCCGCAGAAACCGCCGAAUCCCGCGCGAAAGCCGUCAAAUCCAACGACAGGAAAGUUCUUUCCCGCGGGCGCCAACUCCUGCGCUCGGAGUUCCCGCUCAUGCCAGCGGCCACGUUGGAUAUUGUGAUCAAUCAUGCUUUCCUCAAGGGCUCUGGUCGCGUCGGUCGCACCGGUAUGACGACUGACAAGCGCAAAGCCUCGCUGGCUGUCGAAGCUCAUAUUAGACAUACCCACACGCCUUAUGACUCUCUUCUCGACGGCGGGAUGGAGCGGAGCGACGCCCGUAAGAAGGUGUGGCCGACUGUCAAAGCUAUCAAGAAGUCAUGGGAGGGUGAUGGAGAUGGUGAGGAUGGAGAGCAGCGCGAGGAUAGAGAAGGGAGUGUGGCUCUCAGUGUGAUAUCGAUAUCUUCGUCUUUGCAGGCUGAAUCUGUCCUAUCUGUGGAGUCUAUGGAAUCGGUGGAAUCUAUUUCAGCCACAUCUAUUGCAUCUAUUGAAUCCUUGGAGUGGAUUUAG